GCCAAGGGCCAACAUUAUUUUUGUUGUGUAGACCGCAGCCCUGUAUGCACCUACCUGUAGUUUUGCUGGGAUAUCAAGCUUUGGAUUUUGACCUUCUUUUCCACUACAACUUGGAGUUUAAGGAUUUUUUUCCAGGACAAAGUAGGCAGCAAGAAACUCGGAAGCUCAAGGCUAGCACCAGGAGCGGCCUGCAACAUGUCUGGAUCUUUACCGUUCUACCAGAAGCACCACAGCCACUAUGACCGUGGCUACAGAAGCAAGCAGACGGAGUCUAAACUGAGCCAGUACCAGACCACCAGCAGGUAUACGGCUGGCAGCAGCACCUCCGCUGCCACCAGCAGGAGCAGUGGACUUAACGUGUCUUCACAUUAUGGGCUGGAAGCGAGCAGACUGAGCCCUAUACCCAAGAGAGCCAAGCCAACUUACUUGGCUGUGGAUAAGGAGAACCAAAUCAUCGGCUAUGUAGUGCCUAUCUUCAGGGGCAGUGAAGAGUUUGGGACUGGGUAUUCAAGUAGAGAGGAAGCAAGGGUGCGGGACACUUCUGAGUACAUGGCCCGCAGGGAUUUGUUCACCAGUGGCAUGGAGAUGGAGAGGUCAGAGCAGACCUCCAGGAGGGAGGCCAUUCGAGAGACGGCCGAGCGCAUCUCUCUAAACAAAAGGAUCCAUGAACACGGGGUACACUUUAAGCGUAUGAACGAAGACAGCCUGAUGCAUACCCCAGAGUUUGUGAUUAAACCGCGCUCCCACACUGUGUGGGAGAAGCAGUGUGUGCGGCUGCACUGCACUGUCAGUGGCUGGCCUGACCCACGGGUCGUCUGGUACAAAAACAAUGUUGCCAUCGAUCCUGUUGGCAAUGGUGACAAGUAUAAACUUGAGAGCAAAUACAACAUGCACUCACUGGAGAUUAACAGAUGUGAUUUCGAUGACACGGCGCAGUAUCGCGUCUCUGCCAUGAACUCCAAGGGAGAGCUGUCUGCAUUUGCCUCUGUCGUUGUUAAGAGGUUCAAAGGUGAUAUGGAUGAGUCCCUGCCAUCCCCUAGACGGGGCAGUACUGAAGAUGGCCCCGUGUGUGAGUAUGGCGUAAACUUCCAGACUCACAUUGUAGAUAAAUUUGGUGUGUCGUUUGGAAGAGAGGGGGAGACCAUUAGUCUUGGAUGUACAGUCAUCAUUUCCCCUUCCCUGCACCGCUACCAGCCAGAAAUCCAGUGGUACAGAGACGAUGCCCUUCUGUCUCCUUCUAAAUGGUACAACAUGCACUGGAGUGGAGAUCGUGCCACACUGACUCUCACACACCUGAACAAAGAGGACGAGGGUCUUUACACCCUGCGUGUCACCACCAAGUCUGGAUAUGAAACCUACUCCGCCUACAUCUUUGUCAGAGAUGCUGAAGCAGAGGUUGAAAGAGCUCCUGGUGCCCCUCUGGAUGUGCGCUGCCUGGAUGCCAACAAGGAUUACAUCAUUGUCACCUGGAAGCAGCCAGCUGUUGAUGGUGGAGACUCCAUCUUGGGCUACUUUGUGGACAGAUGUGAGGUUGGAACCACCCACUGGGUCCAGUGCAAUGACACUCCGGUUAAGUUUGCCCGUUUCCCCGUCACCGGUCUGGUGGAGGGCCGCUCCUACAUGUUCCGCGUGCGUGCCGUCAACCAGAGUGGUAUGAGCCACCCGUCCAGAGUCUCUGAGCCGGUGGCUGCCAUGGACCCAUCUGACCGCGCCCGCAUCAGAGGUGCCUCUGCUCCUUGGACUGGCCAAAUUAUUGUCACAGAGGAGGAGCCUGCAGAGGGCAUUGUUCCUGGCAGACCUCUUGAGCUGCAGGUGACAGAGGCUACCAAGAACUAUGUGGUGCUGAGCUGGAAGCCCCCUGGAGACAAAGGCCUUGAGGGUGUCAUGUACUACGUGGAAAAAUGUGUUGCGGGCUCAGACACCUGGCAGAGGGUGAACACAGAGAUCCCUGUCAAGUCUCCUCGCUUUGCACUGUUUGAUCUCGCAGAGGGGAAUUCCUACAGCUUCCGCGUCCGCUGCUGCAACUCUGCUGGUGUCGGGGAGCCAUCGGACCCAACGGAGGCCACAACUGUUGGCGACAAGCUUGAUAUCCCAUCUGCCCCAAGCAAAGUUGUCCCUACCAGAAACACAGACACAUCCGUUGUUGUGUCUUGGGAAGCGUCCAGUGAUGCCAAGGAGUUGGUUGGAUACUACAUUGAGGCGAGCGUUUUGGACAGCAAUGUGUGGGAGCCAUGCAACAACAAGCCUGUUAAUGUUACCAGGUUCAUCUGCCACGGUCUGACGACAGGAGAGAAAUACGUGUUCAGGGUGAGGGCAGUGAACGCAGCAGGGCUCAGCCAGUUCUCCCCAGAGUCUGAGCCUGUGGAGGUGAAGGCUGCUAUUGGGGGCGGCAUCCCUCAUGCCUCCCCUGCUCCACCCUAUGGCAUCACUGUCCUGGAGUGUGUAUGUGACUCCAUGGUGCUGUCCUGGAAACAGCCAACAUUCAUCGGCGGUGCUGACAUCACCGGAUACUUUGUGGAUUACCGUGAGGUCAUCGAUGGCGUGACGGGGAAGUGGCACGAGGCCAACAUCAAGUCGAUCAGCGACAGGGCCUAUAGGGUGUCUGAUCUGAAGGAGAAGAGGAAGUAUCAGUUCCAGGUGCGGGCAGCCAACAUGGCAGGUGUCGGCAUCCCUUCACUGCCCAGUGACACCUUCCUGUGCGAGGAGUGGACCAUCGCUGUGCCAGGCCCUCCUCACGACCUGCAGGUAAGAGAAGUGCGAAGCGACUCUCUGGUGUUGCUUUGGAAACCCCCUGUGUACCAGGGACGUGAUCCGGUCAACGGGUUCUACAUCGACAUCAAGGACGCAGACGCACCGGUGGAGGCCUGGAAAGGAGUCAACACUAAGGCAACAGAGAAGACGUACCUCAAGAUUAAGAAUCUGAAGGAAGGGGGGAAUUUCGUGUUCCGUGUGCGUGCUCAGAAUAAAGCCGGCGUUGGACAAACCUCAGAGGAGACAGAGCCGGUCGUAGCUGUCACUAAACCAGGCACUAAGGAGAUCGUAGUGGAUGUUGACGAUGACGGUAUCAUCUCCCUGAACUUUGAAUGCUGUGACAUGACCCCCGACUCCAAAUUUGUGUGGUCAAAGGAUUACGAGGAAAUAGCAGAAACAUCCCGUCUGACAAUAGAGACCAAGGGAAACAAAUCCAAAGCCUUUUUCAACACUCCUGAGGAGGAAGACAUUGGUAUUUACUCAUGUAUUGUCACCCACACUGAUGGUGCUUCAUCCAGCUACACUCUCUCUGAGGAAGAGUUGAAGAGGCUGCUGGAGGUCAGCCAUGACCACAAGUUCCCCGUUAUUCCCCUAAAGUCAGGGUUGGCUGUGGAGCUGCUGGAGAAGGGCAAAGUUCGCUUUUGGCUGCAGGCGGACAAGAUGUCAGCAAACGGCAAAGUCGAAUACAUCUUCAAUGAUAACCUUAUCUCUCAGGGGGAUAAAUACAAGCUCAACUUUGACAAGAACACUGGCGUGAUUGAGAUGAUCAUGGACUGUCUGACUCCGGCUGAUGAGGGCACCUUCACCUUCAAAUUGCAGGAUGGAAAGGCUACCAACCAGUCCAGUUUGGUACUGAUAGGAGAUGUGUUCAAGGAGCUGCAGAAGGAAUCAGAGUUCCAGAUGAAGGAGUGGGUCAGAAAGCAAGGUCCUCACUUUAUCGAGUAUUUGGGUUACGAGGUGACGCCAGAGUGCUGCGUUGUUCUGAAAUGCAAGGUUGGAAACAUGAAGAAGGAUACCUCUGCGCUGUGGUACAAAGACGGACGUGAGAUCAAAGCAGACGAGAAUCUGGGCUUCACCGAGGGAGUGCUGAAACUGGAAAUUGCUCAGAUUUCCAAGAAGGACUCUGGGGUGUAUGAGGUUGUUCUGAAGGAUGACAGAGGGAAGGACACUUCCACGUUGAAUUUGACCGAUAAAGGUUUCAAAGACUUGAUGAAUGAGGUUUUCAGUUUCAUCGCCAACUCCUCCACUCCACUGAAGAUCACAAGCACAGAAAAUGGCAUCCGACUCUACACCUUUGUCAGCUACUACAACGAUUUGCUCCAAGUGACAUGGCACUACAAGGAUUCGGCCAUCUCCUUCUCUGACCGCAUUAAGAGUGGUGUGGUGGGGGAGCAGCUGUGGCUGCAGAUCUCAGAGCCCACAGAGAAAGACACGGGCAAAUAUGCCAUUGAGUUCAACGAUGGAAAAGGUGGGCUGAGGAGGACCGUCGAGCUGUCUGGUCAAGCAUUUGACGAUGCUUUCGCAGAAUUCCAGAGACUCAAAGCUGCUGCUAUUGCAGAGAGAAGUCGUGCUCGAGUAGCAGGAGGCCUGCCUGAUGUGGUCACCAUACAGGAGGGCAAGGCCCUCAAUCUCACCUGCAACAUUUCGGGCGACCCCGUGCCAGAGGUCACCUGGCUGAAGAACGACAGGGAGAUCACGUCCGACGAACACUGCAUUCUCAAGUUCGAGUCAGGCAAGUUCGCCAGCUUCACCAUCACCGGCGUGAACAUCUCGGACUCUGGCAAGUACAGCAUCCUGGUGAAGAACAAGUACGGCACGGAGAGCGGGGACUUCACCCUGGAGAUCACAGAUGUAACACCUGACCUGGGGGUUACAUCAUACUCGACUGAUGCAGAAGGAAACGUGGUGUUUGGCCCAAACACCCCGAAGGAGAAGAUGAAAACCUCCAUCACUGGAACCAAAACCCCAAAACGAAGGGAAUCUGUGGCUAAGACUCUUUCUAUGGAAAAGGUUGAAGACAAAGAUGAGGGGAAGGUUGCAGUAAAACCCAAAGCUAAAGAUGCAGAACAAACAAAAGAUGCAAAAAAGAAAGUUGCUGACCAGCCUUUGACUUCUGACCAAUCAGAAGCCUCCGUGCAGCCUGCUGACACAGUGGAGGAGCCUGGACCAGUAUCUGAAAAACAGCCAGAAAACACAGUGUAGUUGAGAAAGCAUUUAUUAAAAUCUCACACACAGACAUAUAUUACACGUUUGAUGUGGGCUUUUGUGCUUUCUUGAUGUGUUUCCAGUCGGCACAUUAUAAAAUAUUAAUGAUAAUUCCACAUUUGUUUAAAACAUUAGGUAUGUUUUAGAAUAUUACUUUUACUUUUAUAUGAUGCACUAAUACUAACAAUGUUUGUAUGGAUUGCCUGCAUUACAUUUGGAUGUAUUGUCUACUGUUUCUUUUUCAUCAUUUUUGCUUGAAUAAAAAAAUCUGUUGGCA